AUGCUCAGGUUCAUCAUCUUUUCUCUAUUCAUCAGUUAUAUUGCCUACAUAGGUCUCUGUUUCCUCCGACACAGGAACCUUGCACGGAAGAUUGGAUUACCAUACGUCUCGUUUCCUAUUUCAUCGCAUAAUAUACUCUUCCUAUCUCUUUUUGAGACUCGCUUCGUUCCAUACGUGAUCAACACAUGGCUCCCACCCAAACUAGCCGACUAUAUCUAUAGUAGCGCCUUCAAAACCCGCUGGGCGGCAAAGGACCGCCUCCAUAAGAGGCAGGGGGAGGUUUAUAUGCUCAUUACCCCAUCCGUAUCAACCUGCAUGGUGGGCGACGCCUCAGUAGUCUCUCAGAUCUGCAUGUCUCGUCAUGGUUUCCCAAAGCCACUCGAGCAAUAUAGGGCCCUGGACAUAUAUGGUCCAAAUAUCAUCACAUCUGAAGGCUCUCAAUGGGCACAUAUGCGUCGUCAUACAGCGACAACGUUUAAUGAGAGAAAUAGCGCCCUGGUGUGGGAGGAAACAAUCCGCCAGACCAACGAAAUGUUGCGAUAUUGGGAGGACGAGCAUUCCAGAAGCACUUCACCGUCCGAAUUUGUCUUGACAGACGCUAGAGAGGAUAUCUUAAAACUCACUCUCAAUAUAAUUUGCAGUGUUGGAUACGGAGUGAAGCUUCCGUUCAGGCCCGUCCUUGAAAAUUCGACUGAAAGUGCCGAAGGCUUGUUCAAAGAUGCCAUAACACCUCCGCCAGGCUACCGCUUCACGUUCCGCUCUGCGAUGGAGUACUUGAAUAAGCACCUUACCUCAAUAUUUAUAGCCAAUGGUCACCUCCCCAAAGGUAUCCCACGGUCCGUACUUCCAUUUUUCAAGAAAGACUUCGAUGCGUUCGACGAUAUUGGCAGGUAUCUGCAGGCUUUAGUGUCGACGGCUGAAACUAAGGAAACCCUAACUCCGAACUUACUUGAUGGUUUAGUUAGAUCUAAACAGAAGGGAGACAAAGAACAAGGACUCGACCCUGAGCUCAUGGAUGAUGAGAUACUUGGGAACCUGUUCGUAUUCACGAUCGCAGGGCAUGAAACCACUGCUGUUACUCUUCGGUUUGCUCUUGUGCUUCUUGCUCUCAAUCAAGAUGCUCAGGAGUAUUUGUACGAGGCAAUUCGAGAAGCAACAUAUGGCGAGCCUCAUAACCCUGUUGACUGGGAUUAUCGACGGGUUUAUCCAAAGCUCGUUGGCCCCUUAUGCGUAAUGCUUGAAACACUUCGGAUGUAUCCCCCAGUGACGGGCAUUCCCAGGUGGACAGGAGACUCCGCAGUCAACAUCACGUACCAUAACCAGUCUUACCUCCUUCCGCCACAUGUUUAUGUCAACCUCAAUGCCAGUGGGCUUCAUUAUUCCCAAGAGUACUGGGGCCCAGAUGCAGCUGUGUUCGAUCCCAAGAGAUGGGAUAAGCAGAACACGGAAAGCUUCCUGGCGAAGAAUGCAGGAGAAGGUCUGACAGGGCCAGGGCUAGAAUAUGACACAAUCCAUAAACCAGUCCGAGGCUCAUAUAUUCCUUUCAGCGACGGCUUCCGGGCGUGUGUAGGCAAGAAAUUUGCUCAAGUUGAGUUUGUAGUUGCCGUGGCCAUUAUCUUUCGUGCGUAUCGCGUUAUGUUGGCGAAACCCAGUGAACGUGAGACCGAGGACGAUAUACGUCGGAGGACGGAUAGAGUUUUAGGGGAAAGUACUUCGUUUAUCACGUUGUCGAUGCGUGAUGAAAUACCGCUGUUGUUCCAGAAGCGGUGCGUUAGCAAGGCCUGA